GCAGCCUCCGUUUUAUUUCUGUCCCGGUCUCGGCGAGACCGGCCUCGCAAGUGUAUCGCGCGAGCCGCGCGUUUUCCGUCGCGAUAAUUUCGUGUUACACGCGAAGAGUAUCUUUCGAACGAUUAUCGCCGAGAAGUCGAUGGAGGACAGUUACACGGUACACAGACGUCGUAAAGCGGCCGCGAGGAAGCGCGAAAAAACCCCCGAUCCCGUAUCAAGGGGUGCUACGUCCCGCAUGGAUAUCACGGACGACGAGGAUGAAGAGAGACGCGCGAGAAUGGAGAAAAUGGUCGAAGAAGCGGAGAAGAUAGAGCAGCAACAGAAGGAAAAGAGGCUGUCGCAACAGCAGCAAAUUGAAGCGGACACAAAGGAACUAGAAAACAUAAACAAGAAAAGAGAAGAACCGGAACUGCCUGUCAGAGAAAAGAGGAAGGAGCGGAUCAGCGCGAGAAGUUCCUCGAACAUGGAUGAUAUGAUCGCUGUACGCGCUGAAGUAGCCGCGAAGUCAGCUACGGCUGGAAAUAGUCCGAAGACACGUGAGGCUGUCACAGCUGACGACAACAACACGCAACCGAUAAAGCAGAUCACCGGUGAAACGACGAGCAAGUCCGACGAUGGUACCGUGAGGGAGGAAAUUGUCGUCAAAACCGAUGUUCUUCGGAUUCCCAGACAGACAACAGUCCAAGACACGUCGGAAACACCGAAGGACACGAAUGGCGAGAGCGGCAGACCGGAAGUUCGUAAAAUCGAGAAACGAUUUAAACGAUUAAAAUCGAAGGAACGCGUUGAGAGAUAUAGUCGAUCGACAGAUUCCAGCGACGUGGAUGAAAAGAAUGAGUCCACGAAUCGAAAGAGAACGAAGUCACCCGAAGAUAUCAGGCCCAGAGUGAAGAGGACGAGCGGAAGAAGUCGAAUCGGCGAUCCGGAAACACAGAAGAGGGAUGCCGAAAUAUUGAAUCGGGAGAAGAGGUCAUCGAGUCGACAGAAGCUGGAGGAUGAACCUCGUGUGAAGGAUAACUCUGAGAAAACUCCGCGCUCGAGACCUUACACUCAAACGGAGGACACGGAUGAAGAACCGAAAGCCAUGAGAAAGAGCGAGACCUUCCCACAGAAAUCCGUCGAGGAGCGAACGAUAAAGAGAUCGUCGACCGAACUGAAAAAACAGAUCAUUCCGCUGAGUAACGAAAGUCUAAUUGAGGACUUCGCAAGGGCUCAAAGAGAGUAUAUGUUACGGGAACGUAAUAUUUUAGAUCCGGAACCUGAGGAUGUAUUCCAGGACGCGAUAGAAACUAAUCAUUUAAGAAGAAGGAAGUUUAGCGCAGCGCAAACCGACGACGAAUCCAAAGAGGUCGUCCAAACUGUGGCUCAGUUUUCCGACACGACUGAUGAUAAGAAAAAAUCGUGGUUUUCCUGGUUGUUUAUCUGGCGAGGGAUGAAAACGGAAGUUAACGAUGCUGUAGAGAAGAAGAUCGAAGACGAGCCAAAUCUACCAUCUUCGAAAGCUGAAUCGGAACUGAUUAAAACGGCGGAGAAGCGGCAAGCUCCGGAAAAGGUCACUUUGUGGGAUUUCUUCAAGGCGUUUAAAGACAUCGUUGGCGAGUUCAGGGCUUUUGUUGCUCAGAAUCCGCGCGAAACAAGGAUUAUCAGACAUCUGCGUAAUCGCUGCAUCGCCGAAUUGCUGCUAAUGAUUAUUUAUUGCGGCCUCGGUGCGUUUGUUUUUCGUUUUGUCGAAGGUGCUUUCGAAACGUUUUACAAGUGCGGCGUAAAGCGCGUCAAGAGGGACUUCUUGGACAGCUUGUGGAAUUACAGUCACAAUCUCAGAGAAGACGACUGGAAAAGCAUGGCGCGCAGGAAGCUGAUGGAGUUCGAAGAACAGCUUCAUAUCGCUCACGAGGCCGGGUUGCACAGCUACAGCGGCCAGAAGAGCUGGAGCUUUUUAAACGCGGUUGCGUAUUGUCUCACCGUCAUCACUACUAUCGGAUACGGACACAUUUCGCCAAGCACAAACACAGGAAGAGCCAUUACUAUUGUGUACGCCGUUUUCGGUAUUCCAAUGUUUCUUAUCAUCCUGGCCGACUUUGGUAAAUUAUUCACGCGCGGUAUAAAGUUCCUGUGGGCGUUCGUGAGAAGGCUGUAUUAUACAGGUAGCUGUCGCAAGGUCCGCCGCACUGCGCCUGUUCAGGAAGUCAUGAAGGGCGUGCAACUCGUUUACGAUCUUGCAACUUUCCGGAGGCCCUCGCAAAUGAAUUCAGAAGAGAUUCAAGAGAUACAGAGGCAACAGGCGCAGCAGCAGCAACAGCAGCAGCAGCAAACAAUUCUGAAUCUGGACGCCAAUGCGCCAGGUACACCCGGUACGCCAGAGAUGUCGACGUUCGCCAUCGACGACGAAUUUAAUCUGCCGAUCUCGGUGGCGAUCGUCAUCCUUGUGGCCUAUAUCUUCGUCGGAGCUACGUUGUACCACAUGUGGGAAGAUUGGGGCUUCUUUGAGAGUUUCUAUUUUGUCUUUAUCUCUAUGAGCACUAUUGGCUUCGGCGAUUACGUACCACAGCAUCCCAUGUACAUGAUGUGUUCGAUAGUAUAUCUGGUAUUUGGCUUGGCGCUUACGUCCAUGUGCAUCAACGUCGUACAGGUCAUGCUGUCAGAUUCUUUCAAGCAGGCGAGCCAGAAAAUCGGCGCAACGAUCGGCUUCGAAAUCGCCGAGGACGACAAUUCAGUGAAACCGGCACCGCCGCCACCGGUGGAAGUUGCGGACGUUCACAUGAGUGUGAAAGAGUCCGAGAGUGGCGAGAAGAUUGCUCCCAAAGCAAAGCAGGAGGACGUCGAUCUGUAGAUACAUGCAUUUCUUUCGGAGGGAAACUGGAUAUGUCGAUCGAGCUACUGAAGCUUGUUUGCUCGUUUCUCGAAAUACAUGUGUCCUACCUUUCAAAGAAAGACAGAGACAGAGAAAAAGAGAGAGAAAGAAAGAAAGAAAGAAAGAAAGAGAGAGAGAGAGAGAGAGAGAGAGGAAGAAAACAUCCGCUGGGUUUAUGCAGCAUGAUAAUAUAUUAUUAUAGUCAUUUUGCAGCACGUAAGCAAAGCGACGCGAAAAAACACUUACAAUUACAAAUCGAAUUGUCUUUACAUAUAUUCAUGCACUUGAAACUUAUUGAAAAAUCUAACAAAAACAGUUAAUCUUUUCCCGUCGGAAUUAAUUUGGUAAAACGCAAGCCAAAAUAAAAAAUGAAGUUUUUCGCGAAACGAGCCAAAAUGACAGUCUUCUUUUUCUUUUUUGUUUUUUUCAUGUUUGGCCCGUACUCGGCAUUGCGAGUCUGAAUCGUUAUUAUACGAAAAGAGAUUAAGAAAAUGACAUCUGUAAAAAUCGAAUCGGAUGUGUGACUGUUAACUUUAUAUCUACUUGAAUUUAUAAAAACAUUUUCAAAUUCUAAAUUCUUACACUGAAUUUUUCGAUUUCUUCGCUGAUGUAAGAAUAAUUAGUACGAUCAUUUUGUUGAUGUUGGCAGUGAUAAUUCUUAACCACUUGUGGUGCAAAGAAAUUCACAGUUGCGCGUGUCAGAACGCGCAUCAACUGAUGAUAAAAUUACAUAUGUAUGAAUACUAAAUUUAUUUAUUAAUAAAUAAAUGCGUCACAGUUGACGUGCCACGCACGUCAUUUUUCUUUCUGCAACAAUCGCCUGACGACGUGUGGAACACGUCGCUGGCGUUCCGGUAACUGAAGCAUCUCGACGUGCGUGGCACGUUUUUCCACCGCAAGUGGUUAAAGCUACUACGCGCGGCCGUCUUUAUGGCUAAAAUUGCUGGAAAUAAGUUUGAUUCUUUGUAAAAUGUAUCUCUAAGAUUCGUUAUAUUAUGAAUAACGAUGUUGCAUAAAUACAUGAAGCUCCAGAAUUGUAAGGCGAUUGUGCCUAUUUAAAAAACGUCGCAGCAAAUUUACUCGCAACUAUACGCACAAACAUAUUCAAGUAAAACGUUUCGUCAGGUGGUCCUAUGAACUGCGAUAAAAUUUGAAAAAAAAGCUUUAAUUAUAGAAAUUCACGACGAUAGUAUGAUGGAAUACUAAAUGUGUUAUAAUUUUAUUUUAUAAUGUGAAUUUAUAAUAUAAAAACAUAGAAAAAAUUAUUUUGAUAAU